AUGGCUGCCAAAGCCAAGGCCAAAGCUGCGCCACCAAGUCUCCAAAUCCAGAUUGAAAUCACCAAUGGAGCUGGGGCAGAAGGAUCAGAUGACGAUGGUGCUGGAUUUAGCUACGAUGACAUCAUGAUGUUAGGAAGGACUGGGCUGGGCAAGAGCACUGUUGGAAACAAGUUGCUGGGAAUUAACCCUGAAACACGCAAGCCGUACAAGGAGGAGACUAAAAUCGAGCAGUGGGGGUAUGACGGUGACGAGGAAUAUUUUUUUGAAACUGGGGACGGAAAAGAAUCUGUUACAAAAAAAUGUAAAGUUUUGUCCAACGGCAAUAUUCGAAUCAUGGACACAAGGGGUUUUGCUGAUUCUGAAAUGACCCAGAAAUAUGGGGUGAUACAGGGCAAUUUACAAAGCUUUCGAUGGAUCUUGCAAGCCCAGAGAGCAAACGACAUGCGCUUUUAUCGAGUUCUUUAUUUUUUCCCUCAGCGCGGUCCACCUCCGGAGCGAGCAGAUGGUACCUUGCAAGAAGAAAUCAAAGUAAUGCAUGGGUAUUUCGGCCAAAGAAUAUUCGAUAUUAUGAUCAUUAUCGUUACAAAUAACAAGCGUCCUCAUUUCCAAAGGGCGGGUUAUAGCGAGGAAGAUAUAAAAGAAAUUCAGGGGCUGUUUUUGUCUGCUUUUGAAAAGAUAGUCGUCGAAGAGGAAAAGGGUGUAGAAGUAAACGUUCCUGCACGGAAAUGCCCCCCAGUAGUUUAUAUACCUUUCAACGAAGAUUACAUCGAAGUCUUCAAAAUAAUCAAUGGUACUCAGGUGAUUUCAGCCGAGGAAUAUUUUUCGUUCUCACCAGAAUACCCGCUAGACCCAGAAUUUCGUGGGGAGGUGGGCGAUUCUUCCCAAACCACGCUAAAAUACGGAACACCCCGUGAGGAAUUUAAGAAAGCUCUUCGCCAGAAUCGGGGCAGGCUACUCAGUUUCGAAGACAGGUGCUCAAAGUGUGCCAUUAAACUAGUGUUUGAGAGACAGGCAUCGGGCGAAGAGCUACCCAUUGCCGUAAUCUACCCAAAUGGAGAUCAAGAUGUUUACGAUAGCUCUUACUGCCACCCUCUCCUUCUACCAAAAUACACACGAGUUGAAAAAAUAUUUGGCGGCAUAGCACACAUCGUAACUCUAGGGUUGGGAAAGCUAUACGAAUAUGCCACCAAGAACAAAUCUUGGCCCAGUUUUACCAGUUCAGACGAAGUAUGCAUAAAGUGCAAUAAGGCACCUGGCUCCCAAAGUUGUCACCCUGUCAAUCAGCAUUUCGAAAUUGCCGGGAAGAUGGAAAAAAUUGAUCAUAAACGUGAAUUGGACACAGUGGAACUGUUAGAUGAAGAAACAAGUCAAGAAACCACGCAAAGCUGA